UGCGCAGACGACCCGGGUGACGACGCGCAGAAGGUGGCGACGCCUGCAGGUCGCGGCGUCUGAAGGUGGUGUCGCAAUUUCUGAAGGAACUAGGCAACUAUCAGGGGGCAACAGGUGUCACAACGUCUGAAGGAGGUGUCAAGACGCCUGAAGGAGGUGUCACGACGCUUGAGGGAGGUGUCAAGACGCCUGAAGGAGGUGUCAAGACGCCUGAAGGAGGUGUCAAGACGCCUGAAGGAGGUGUCAAGACGCCUGAAGGAGGUGUCACGACGCCUGAAGGAGGUGUCACGACGCCUGAAGAAGGUGUUACGACAUAUCGCUGCUGUAGCAGCCAUAUCUGAACUGUGAAGGUUGUUUUAAUUGGCAAAAUGGCAGAUAAAAGUUCCCAAAUGACUAGCCAUGAUCAUUCAAGCAUGGCACUAUCUUUUGAAGAACACGCCAAUAUACAGAUUUUACAAGCAAAAUCCUAUACUUCAAUGAAAUUUGAUUGCAGUACUAUUGAGCUAUGUAAAAUUCAACAUGUUGAGAAUGGCCCAUGGAGAUUUUAUCUCCAGUUUGAAAAGCAAAGGGCAUUGGUUGAUACAUUGAAUACCAAGCUUAAGGUGUUUUCAGAGUUUAAACAAACAACGACAACAUUAUUUAAAAGACCAAAGGUCGGAGAUCCUGUAGUUUGCAGAUCCAUUCACAGAUUUUACCGGGGAUUUGUACUGGGAACCAAAGAUCUCAAUGUAGACAUAUACUGUGUUGAUAGAGGAUUUACACUUACAAAGCAUUUAAGUGAUAUUUGGAAAUGCCCACAAGAUGCAUUGGAAAUACCGGUUUUAAUUUGCACAUGUUGCUUGUAUGGACUUCCUGACACUUCAGAUAAUGAGACAUCCGAGGUCUUUAAACGGCUAAUCAGUAGCCCUAGAGGUGAUUUUUUUGGUCAUGUUAUUAGUGACAAUCGUGAUAUUACAUUGGUAUCAUUGUUCACUAAUAAUAAGUCUGUAUUAGACUUGUUAACUAAUUAUGAACAAGCUACUGACAGUUUGAAAGUACCUGAAAACUUUCAAGCAGUGAUUGUCCAUGUCGAUGAAGAAACAGGUAUUAUAUAUAUGCAAGAAUGCAAAGCCAAAGAACAGUUGGCUAUUUUGCAUGAAGAACUUCAGACUCAACAUUCUAAGGCAUUAGAUCACAUUAAGAAAGGUCAACCUUGCCUUGCCCUUUUCUCUGGUGAUAAUCAAUGGUAUAGAGGAAUGAUUAAGGAUGCAGGAGAUCGCAUGACAGUAUUGUUUGUGGAUUUUGGUAACGAAGAACCAAUGGAUAUAAAUAAUAUGAGACAGUUGGACCUGAAGUACGUCAGACGUCUCCCAGCUCUGGCCAUUCCGUGUAUUCUGAACAAUGUUACAAAGAAACCAUUGAAGAUGGAUGAUUUGAGUAAGGUUAUUAAGGAAGAUAAAGUGAAUGUAGUGGUUGUGGGUGAGAGAACAGUGGAGCGUGAAGAAAUGAUGCUCAAGGUUUAUGUGGUAGAGCUGUAUUCUUUGGCUUCAGUGCCACUCAACAAGUUCUUCCCUCAAAUUGAACCAUCAGUCAAGGAAAAAACAAGUUGUAAUGUUCAGAGAGAAGAGACUACCAGCUCCAACCAAAGAGUAAAAUUCUGCCUACUAACAUCAGUAAAAUCUCUCGCUCACUUUUAUCUCGUACCUACUGAAAAUGAGAAAACAAUUCAGUAUAUUAAGAAGAUGAUGAAAGACAUUAGUGGUCGUAGCUCAUACCAAGAUAUUAAAAUACACACCGGAAUGCUGGUGGCUUAUCGUGAGAAGGAUCAGUGGCACCGGGCAGUUGUAGCUCACCGCCAGAAUUAUACACUCAAGUUAUUUCUGAUUGACUCCGGUGUGAAAACAACUGGGAAUAUUCAUAAGAUCAGAAGUAUCCCUGGUAUUAUAAGCGAGAUUCCUCCCCAGGCCUUAAAUUGCACCUUAGAUGAUAGCUACGAGAUGGAUGAUGCUGUUACUUGUAACCACUUAAAGCAAAUGCUUGGAAACAAAGUGCGUGUGACCUUCAUCUCGUGCACAGAUGACAAAUGGAAGGUAUCCUUCAGUUUACAAUUGCAGUGUCCAGUCCGUGAUGUAAACACUGCCUCAAAAGAUCAAGUUGAUGUUAAACAGAUACCACGUCAAGAAAGGGAGGCAGGAGGAUAUCUGUCUGAUAGCACGAGUGACGAUGGGUCGUCAGAAGUGAGCAGUGCAGCGGCUUCUACUGUGAGCGGGGAUAGUGACUCUGGAACGGAGUUCCAGAAGCCGUUGGAGAGGGAGAAUGCAGAACUUCGAAAACCUUUUCUCAAACUUGAGACAGAGCUAGAAGAAAGCCGGGAAAAUGAUAAACGAGAGAGGGAGCUAGACAAGGGGUUGACUUCGUCGAGGAGUGAAGCCCAUACACCUCUACAGACAGGGGCUGAACUAAGUGGUAAAAGCCAGAAGGAGUUGGAUCCCCAUCAUGAUGAAAUGUUAAAGGGAAGCCAGCAUCGUGAGAAGAGAGAGGAAAUGCCGGCAGACAAGGUUCCAAAAGUUGAUGAAAAGUUAAAUAAUUUGCAAAGAAAGCCCAAAAAAAAACACCAGUCCAGUAUACUGGUCACUACUACUACAGAGAAUACAGAGACGGAACUUAAUCAAUCGAGAUCAGAGGCGAAUCUGAGGGAGUUAAACAAAGUCAUCGAAGAUAAGAGAACUGCAUCAGAAACGGAGGAUGCAAAUCUCUAUAGACAGCUCCGUAAGUUACAAGAAGAGUUGAAUGGUGAAAGGUUAGAGAAAAAUAACAUGUUAUUAAAGAUUAACCAGGAAAUGAAGAACCUGAAAAGAGCUAAUGAGGAACACAUUCUGCUCCAGAGGUCUCUUGCUAUGGAAAAGGAAUUGAUUGUACGCUUACAGUCUGAAAUUGAGAAACUGAAGAUAAAUCAAGUACAGCAUACUUCAGAGCAAAGCAAGAUGAGCACGAUAAUCAACGAUAAGGAUAAUGAAAUACAUGUUCAAAAUAUGAAAAUUACUUUGUUCCUGCAACAAAUUGAUCAGCUUAGAAAUAAGCUUUCAGAUGAAAUAAGCAGGAGGGAUAAGAUUGCUCUUUCCUUAAAAGAAGAGUUAGAUAGUGUAAAGUUAGAAAAAAAUGAAAUUUUAUUAAGGACUAACCAGGAAAUAGACGACCUGAAGAGGUUUAAUGAGGAAAACACACUCCUCCAGAAUUCUCUGGCCUCUGAAAAGGAAUCUGUUUUACGCUUGAAGUCUGAAAUUGAGAAUCUGAAGAAGAGUGAACUGCUGCAUAUUUCAGAGCAAAUCAAGAUGCGCACAAUUAUAAAGGCUAAGGAUAAUGAAGUGAAGGAUAAAGAUAACCAAAUUACCUCGUUGCAACAACAAAUUGAUCGGCUUCAGACAGAAAAAAAUGAACAAGAAAAUUUAGUUAAUGCCGUUUCCCAGAUGAGAGAAAAGGUCUCAGAGUUCACAGAAGAAAUAAUGAAGAGGGAUCAGAAAAUUGUUUCAUUACAGAAAGAUUUAGAUUACGUCAAGAUAGAAAACAAUUAUAACUUAUUAAGAAUUACCCGCUUAAUGGAGGACAUGAAAAGAGUUGAUGAAGAAAACAAACUACUCCAGAACUCUCUGGCCUCUGAAAAGAAAUCGGUUUUACAGUUACAGUCUGAACUUACGAAUGUGAAGACGAGUCAACUGGAGCAUAUUUCUGAGCAAAGCACGAUAAUCAAAGAUAAGGAUAAUGAAAUACAGGUACAACAUAUGAAAAUUAAUUUGUUCCUGCAACAAAUUGAUCAGCUUAACAAUGAGCGUUCAGAGGAAACAAUCAGGAGGGAUAAGAUUGUUCUUUCAUUAAAAGAAGAGUUAGAUAGUGUGAAGUUAGAGAAAAAUGAUAUCUUAUUAAAGACUAACCAGGAAAUAAACGACCUGAAGAGGUUUAAUGAGGAAAACACACUGCUCCAGAAUUCUCUGGCCUCUGAAAUUGAGAAACUGAAGAUGAAUAAGGAUAAUGAAGUGAAGGAUAAAGAUAUCCAAAUUAACUUUUUGCAACAACAAAUUGAUCGACUUGAGAAAGAAAAAUCUGAACAGGAAAAUUUAGAGACCUGUACUGAGGUUUACCAGAUGAGAGAAAAAGUAUCAGAGCUUGAAAGGGAAAUACACCAGAGGGAUGAGAAUGCUCAUGCAUUACAGUCAGAGUUAGAUACUGUCAAGCUGGAGAAAAAGGAUAGCUUAUUAAGGAUUACACAGGUAAUGAAGGAUCUGGAAAAAGCUAAUGAGGAAAAUGAUAGCCUCCGGCAACAAAAUGAUCAGCUUCAAAAUACGCUUUCAGAGGAAACAAGCAGGAGGGAUAAGAUUGUUCUUUCCUUAAAAGAAGAGUUAGAUAGUGUGAAGUUAGAGAAAAAUGAAAUCUUAUUGAAGACUAACCAGGAAAUAAACGACCUGAAGAGGUUUAAUGAGGAAAACACACUGCUCCAGAAUUCUCUGGCCUCUGAAAAGGAAUCCGUUUCACACUUGAAGUCUGAAAUUGAGAAACUGAAGAUGAUGACUCAAGUGCAGUAUAUUUCACAGCAACGCACGAUGAUGACGAUAAUGGACGAUAAGGAUAAUAAAAUGAAGGAUAAAGAUAUCAAAAUUACCUUGUUGCAACAACACAUUGAUCGGCUUGAGAAAGAAAAAACGGAACAAGAAAAUUUGGAGUGUGAAAAAAGAUUAGCUAGUGAUAAUGAGGAUUUAAGAAAAACGAAACAAAUUCUUCGUGAUGAAAAUUUAAAGGUGUCUCAAGAAAAUAAAGAAUGUAUGCAAGACAAAGAAAAGUUAAGUGUCAAAUGGCAAGAGGUUGAGUUAGAGAAGGGCCAGAGUGAAGGAGUCCCACAGACAAACCAAGAAAAGGUCGCCAACCUUGCCAAGAUUCAGCCAUCACCGCAAGUCAUCACUCAGACAUUGAACGGUGAAGGAGUUUGUGCCGAUGAUGCCACAAGGAAAAUGAAGCCUGCUGAAAGUGCCGUGCAACCAGAUACACCUGCACAAGGUGCCGUGCAACCAGAUACACCUGCACAAGGUGCCGUGCAACCAGAUACACCUGCACAAGGUGCCGUACAACCAGAUACGCCUGCACAAAGUGCCGUACAACCAGAUACGCCUGCACAAAGUGCCGUGCAACCAGAUACGCCUGCACAAGGUGCCGUGCAACCAGAUACACCUGCACAAGGUGCCGUGCAACCAGAUACACCUGCACAAGGUGCCGUGCAACCAGAUACGCCUGCACAAAGUGCCGUACAACCAGAUACGCCUGCACAAGGUGCCGUGCAACCAGAUACGCCUGCACAAAGUGCCGUACAACCAGAUACGCCUGCACAAGGUGCCGUGCAACCAGAUACACCUGCACAAGGUGCCGUGCAACCAGAUACGCCUGCACAAAGUGCCGUACAACCAGAUACGCCUGCACAAGGUGUCGUACAACCAGAUACGCCUGCACAAAGUGCCGUACAACCAGAUACGCCUGCACAAGGUGCCGUGCAACCAGAUACGCCUGCACAAAGUGCCGUACAACCAGAUACGCCUGCACAAGGUGCCGUACAACCAGAUACACCUGCACAAGGUGCCGUGCAACCAGAUACACCUGCACAAGGUGCCGUGCAACCAGAUACGCCUGCACAAAGUGCCGUACAACCAGAUACGCCUGCACAAGGUGUCGUACAACCAGAUACGCCUGCACAAAGUGCCGUACAACCAGAUACGCCUGCACAAGGUGUCGUACAACCAGAUACGCCUGCACAAAGUGCCGUACAACCAGAUACGCCUGCACAAAGUGCCGUACAACCAGAUACGCCUACACAAGGUGUCGUACAACCAGAUACGCCUGCACAAAGUGCCGUGCAACCAGAUACGCCUGCACAAAGUGCCGUACAACCAGAUACGCCUGCACAAGGUGUCGUACAACCAGAUACGCCUGCACAAAGUGCCGUGCAACCAGAUACACCUGCACAAGGUGCCGUGCAACCAGAUACACCUGCACAAAGUGCCGUACAACCAGAUACGCCUACACAAGGUGCCGUACAACCAGAUACGCCUGCACAAGGUGCCGUACAACCAGAUAUGCCUACACAAGGUGCCGUACAACCAGAUACGCCUGCACAAGGUGCCGUACAACCAGAUAUGCCUACACAAGGUGCCGUGCAACCAGAUACGCCUGCACAAGGUGCCGUACAACCAGAUACACCUGCACAAGGUGCCGUACAACCAGAUACGCCUGCACAAAGUGCCGUGCAACCAGAUACGCCUACACAAAGUGCCGUGCAACCAGAUACGCCUACACAAAGUGCCGUGCAACCAGAUACGCCUGCACAAAGUGCCGUGCAACCAGAUACGCCUGCACAAAGUAACGUGCAACCAGAUACGCCUGCACAAAGUACCGUGCAACCAGAUACGCCUGCACAAAGUGCCGUGCAACCAGAUACGCCUGCACAAGGUGCCGUGCAACCAGAUAUGCCUACACAAGGUGCCGUGCAACCAGAUACGCCUGCACAAAGUGCCGUGCAACCAGAUACGCCUACACAAAGUGCCGUGCAACCAGAUACGCCUGCACAAAGUAACGUGCAACCAGAUACGCCUGCACAAAGUACCGUGCAACCAGAUACGCCUGCACAAAGUGCCGUGCAACCAGAUACGCCUGCACAAAGUACCGUGCAACCAGAUACGCCUGCACAAGGUGCCGUACAACCAGAUAUGCCUACACAAAGUACCGUGCAACCAGAUAUGCCUACACAAAGUGCCGUGCAACCAGAUACGCCUACACAAGGUGCCAUGCAACCAGAUACGCCUACACAAGGUGCCGUACAACCAGAUACACCUGCACAAGGUGCCGUACAACCAGAUACGCCUGCACAAGGUGCCGUGCAACCAGAUACGCCUACACAAGGUGCCGUACAACCAGAUACGCCUGCACAAGGUGCCGUACAACCAGAUACACCUGCACAAGGUGCCGUGCAACCAGAUACGCCUGCACAAGGUGCCGUGCAACCAGAUACGCCUACACAAGGUGCCGUGCAACCAGAUACGCCUGCACAAAGUGCCGUGCAACCAGAUACGCCUGCACAAAGUGCCGUGCAACCUGAUACGCCUACACAAGGUGCCGUGCAACCAGAUACGCCUGCACAAAGUACCGUGCAACCAGAUACGCCUGCACAAAGUACCGUGCAACCAGAUACGCCUGCACAAAGUGCCGUGCAACCAGAUACGCCUGCACAAAGUGCCGUGCAACCAGAUACGCCUGCACAAAGUGCCGUGCAACCAGAUACGCCUGCACAAAGUGCCGUGCAACCUGAUACGCCUACACAAAGUACCGUGCAGCCAGAUUCGUCUGCACAAAGUACCGUGCAACUAGAUAUGCCUGCACAAGGCGCCGUACAACCAGAUACGCCUGCACAAGGCGCCAUACAACCAGAUACGCCUGCACAAGGUGCCGUGCAACCAGAUUCGUCUGCACAAGGUGCCGUGCAACCAGAUACGUCUGCACAAGGUGCCGUGCAACCAGAUACGCCUGCACAAAGUACCGUGCAACCAGAUACGCCUUCACAAGGUGCCGUGCAACCAGAUACGCCUUCACAAGGUGCCGUGCAACCAGAUACGCCUGCACAAGGUGCCGUGCAACUAGAUAUGCCUGCACAAGGCGCCGUACAACCAGAUACGCCUGCACAAGGCGCCGUACAACCAGAUACGCCUGCACAAGGCGCCGUACAACCAGAUAUGCCUUCACACGGUGAAGUGCAACUAGAUACGUCUGCACAACGUGCCGCGACUCCUUGUGCCGUUCAACCAGAUACUCCUGCACAAAGUACCAUGCAACCAGAGGAGCCUGCACAAGCUGCCAUGCAACCAGAGGAGCCUGCACAAGCUGCCGUGCAUCCAGACACGCCUGCACAAGGUGCCGUGCAACCAGACACGCCUGCACAAGGUGCCGUGCAACCAGAUACGCUUACACAAGGUGCCGUGCAACACGACGCGUCUGCAGAAAGUUCUGCACCAAGAGGUGUGCCUGUAGGUGAUGAUCCUACAGGAACUGCCCGGACUGAAGGUUUUGAUGAUAGAGUAAUGUAGUAGUUUCAAGCUUAUGUUGCAGCUCUUGCAUUACUAGAUUAUGCUAAUGGACCCCGAUAAUAUUUAUACAUUUAACCAUUGGUCUCAUAUAUUUUUGGUUUCCUCCGGAAUCUCUUCUUUCCUUAAUUAAAGCAACAUUGAUGUAAUUACAGUUGAGUUACUCCUUGUCCUCAUCCCCAUCUGUUUAAUCUUUCCUAUCUCAGUACAUGGUAUCCUUUUGACAUUGCAACCGCUCUUACUUUGUUUUUGUAGUGACUGCGAUAUGAGGAUUGGGGUGUGUCAUCCAGUCCUACAGCUCUAUCUCAUUUGCAAAUAUCUUUGUAAUUGUAAUACUUCAUAUUUCGACUGGGUUUGUACAUUUAUAUAAACCUUUGGGGGUAUCCAGUACAAACACUAUGUGGUUUGUUUGGAAUAUACUUCACUCAAUGGUUUCUUUGGAAUAUACUUCACUCGAUGUUUUGUUUGGAAUAUACUUCACUCGAUGGUUUGUUUGGAAUAUACUUCACUCGAUGGUUUCUUUGGAAUAUACUUCACUCGAUGUUUUUUUUUUGGAAUAUACUUCACUAUGGUUUGUUUGGAAUAUACUUCACUAUAGUUUGUUUGGAAUAUACUUCACUGGACAGUUUGUUUGAAAUAUACUUGAAUUUAUGUUUUGUUUGGAAUAUACUUCAAUGGAUGGUUUGUUUGGAAUAUACUUCACUGGACAGUUUGUUUGGAAUAUACUUCAAUUUAUGUUUUGUUUGGAAUAUACUUCACUGGAUGGUUUGUUUGGAAUAUACUUCAAUGGAUGGUUUGUUUGGAAUAUACUUCAUUGGAUGGUUUGUUUGGAAUAUACUUCACUGGAUGGUUUGUUUGGAAUAUACUUCAAUGGAUGGUUUGUUUGGAAUAUACUUCACUGGAUGGUUUGUUUGGAAUAUACUUCACUGGAUGGUUUGUUUGGAAUAAAACUUCACUGGAUGGUUUGUUUGAACCCUAUCCUUCAAUGGUCUCUGUCAUCUGUAUUGAACCCUCUCUGCCCUUGACAAGUUUCCCAUUGAUUGGGUUGCCUCACUUUGUGAAAAAAAAAAAAAGAUUCCGUUCAACUGAUUCGAGUCUCUAACUCUGCUCUGUCUCCUGCCAGGUGGCCUUCUCUGGUCCUGUCAGUUUUUGUCAUCAUCACCGAUUGAUCAACGUCCAUUUCUUGCUUGGGGCAGUUCACUAUCUGUCUUGUUCUAGUUGGUAUGUAUCACUGGUACCUUUAAUUAUCUGCCUUGCCUCUGACUAUUUUGGCUACUACUGCAAAAGUCCUUGCCACAUUCUCCACUUUUUUUUUAAUCAUUUUGAUGUCUCUUUUUGCAUCCUGGGCAGUUUUCGUUUUCUCUAUUACAUUAAUCACUUUCCUGCACUGGUUCAUUCUCUUAAGUGCCUCUAUUUAGUCAUAAUGUUUGUUUAAAGGUUGAUACUCCUACUCAAUUUCGUUUUCAAAUUCUCUGGCAUGUUAUACUAUAUUUCCUAUCCUGUUUAAUUCCAUAAUUGCCUCAGUCAUUGUUUCUAUCACCAUCUACAUUCCUUCUGUCUUCACCUUAUUUGAUGCCUCGCUUCCUCUUUUUAGCUCAUAUAUCAUAAUUUUCUCCAUGGACCCAUCAUAUUUUUUUUUCUCGCAUGUCACUUAAGUCCUCACUAUGCCGUAAUUUUUUUAUUUUGCUUCUUACGAAUGUAUUUUUUCAUUUUUUGUUUUAAUUUUUCAUAUCAACUCCAGUGAACCUUUACCUCAGUUCUGUUCCUGUUUAUUAUUAUUAUUGCUGCUUAAUGUUAUUUUUAGCUUUAGAGAGUUCUGACCGCAUUUUAUUUACUGAACCUUGCCUCAGGUCAGGUCACUGCCACACCUAAGGAUGAUGGACGAUUUAUUCUUGUAGUAAAAACCUCAACAAUA